AUGAAAGAAGCCCGCGUGGACGACACGUUGGAGAUUAUCGGAGAGCAAAUGUUGCUGUUGAUUCCUCCGCAAGCAAUGGAGGCUCACGAGUGGUACAUAGAAAACCAGGCCCAUGCUGUGAUGGUGUCUAGGGAAUUGCAAACCAGGUCUCAGACCGCUGAGGAGGCUGUGAUAGAGUUGAUAAAUAAAUUUGUAAGUUCUGUCGAGGAUCCCAACAUCGACCAAGAGGAGAAAUAUAACUGGUUGGACAUGAACAAAGUAAACAGACCAGUGUUUGCCAUCAAACCUCGCGGAGCAGCAGACGACGGAGAAGAGUACAAGAAAGAUACAACUGAGUAUACAAUUGAGGAUUUGAAAGCCGAUUGCAUGGAUGUGUACAGUUAUUUCAAUCGUAAAAAUAUGGACUCAAUAACCAAAGCGACGAGAAACACCUUGAAAACUCUCAGAGACCGUGCAGGUACAUCCAGUGGCAUGGUCAGGUAUGAGCACUACAAGAACGACCCUGACUACAUCUAUCCGUUGCUAGUGGCUGAGAUUGUUCUGCACAUCCCCAAUGUAGUGAUUGUUCCAACCCUGGACCAGAUGCAAGGAUACUUCUCCAAGAUAACCAAGUCUGUGUUGUCGAUCAUCUGUUCGGUACCUCAGUGGGGUCUGGGUGCCGCACAACUCGCUCAGAGGACCAAGUCCAGACAUGGUGGUCAGUAUUGCAAGUAG